UUCGAAAUUCCGUAUGAUGGAGCCGUGGAUUACUUUGCAUUGGGGGUCUUCCUAUUUGAGCUAUACUUUCCUUUACCCCUCUAUAAUGGCCGUUACGGUGAUCCAAAAAACAUAAUGUAUGAAGUGCCAUGCUACCCAGACGACGCUGACCCCGACCUCAAGGACCUUCUGGAAAAGCUCCUGUGUAAAGAUCCAUGCAGGCGCAAUGAUUUCAUUGCCGACAUACAAGAUCAUCCAUUUUUCAGCGGCAUAAACUGGAAGGAACUGGAAGCGGGGGAGGCACCCCCUCCUUUUUUCGUACAAAGGAAGGGCUUCAGAAACUUAACAAGAGAGAUGAUAAAAACGGAAGACCUGAUGAACACCAUAGAUAAAUGGGGAAUACCUAUAAAACCUAUUUCAGCUGAGAAACAGAAGAUGUUUGAUGGCUUUUCCUUUGUCAGUGAUGAAUGGAAAGCCAUGCAGAAGCUGAAGUAAAGCCAAUCACACCAGGUUGUUGGGAUCAGGGUAGAGGUGAGAGCGUUGUGCUAAGAGGGAUAGGCUGGGCUGUGCUAGGAGGGAUAGGGUGGGCUGUGCUAGGAGGGAUUAGGCGAGUUGUGAUAGGAUAGAUAGGGGAGUUGUGGUAGGAGGAGAGAUAGGGGAGUUGUAGUAGGAGGAGAGAUAGGGGAGUUGUGGUAGGAGGACAGAUAGGGGAGUUGUGGUAGGAGGAGAGAUAGGGGAGUUGUGGUAGGAGGACAGAUAGGGGAGUUGUGGUAGGAGGACAGAUAGGGGAGUUGUGGUAGGAGGACAGAUAGGGGAGUUGUGGUAGGAGGACAGCUAGGGGAGUUGUGGUAGGAGGACAGAUAGGGGAGUUGUGGUAGGAGGAGAGAUAGGGGAGUUGUGGUAGGAGGACAGAUAGGGGAGUUGUGGUAGGAGGACAGAUAGGGGAGUUGUGGUAGGAGGACAGAUAGGGGAGUUGUGGUAGGAGGACAGAUAGGGGAGUUGUGGUAGGAGGACAGAUAGGGGAGUUGUGGUAGGAGGACAGAUAGGGGAGUUGUGGUAGGAGGACAGAUAGGGGAGUUGUGGUAGGAGGACAGAUAGGGGAGUUGUGGUAGGAGGACAGAUAGGGGAGUUGUGGUAGGAGGACAGAUAGGGGAGUUGUGGUAGGAGGACAGAUAGGGGAGUUGUGGUAGGAGGACAGAUAGGGGAGUUGUGGUAGGAGGAGAGAUAGGGGAGUUGUGGUAGGAGGACAGAUAGGGGAGUUGUGGUAGGAGGACAGAUAGGGGAGUUGUGG